AUGGAUAAAAGAAAGUUUAGAUCGACAAAAAGAAAGAAAAGGAAGGGUUUUUCUGGGGUAAGACGUCAGGAAAAGACCGACCACUUGGGUGAUGGCGUGACUGCUCUACAUUGUAUUCCCAGCACUUCGUCUGCUGUUAGUGAUUCCUCCGUUCGAAGUUCAGUUCCAGAUAUUCAAAAUAUGUCAGAGAAAAAGCUACUGAACAGUUCUUUCCAAGAAUUUGAAAGCAGUGGAGGUGUUCUGACUCGCAAACAAGCCAAAGAAAUUGGACUUGGAUGCCGAACAAACAUUGAAAUUGCAACAGGAUUCAAAGUACAGGAUGCUGUUCUGUUGAAUGACUGCAUAUCAGAUGCUGCAAUAUGCAGUUCAUGCCGUUUGGCUUCUUCGAAACUGCAACUUUAUCAAAAAAAUAACGAGAGAGAAGGAUUGUGUGAAUCACUAUUCCUGAAGUGCUCAGCCUGUGAUGUAGUGACCCCUUUGUCAACCAGUAAGCGUCUGGGUGGUAAAGGUGGUGGUCCUCGUGAAGUUAAGUGA